UAAGCUUUUCAGGAAAGAAUGCAGUUUCAAGAGAACAGUUUGGAUCUAUUUCGAGUGGUUUUGGUGCGAAAACCAGCAACGAAAAACAAAUUGAUGACGGCCUGACACUCAAACACUUCACUAAAGCGAUGCAAACACGUUCGCUUCAAGGAAUAUUGGCCCUUCUGCGCGGCCGUAGAUCCGCCAAGUGCGCCUGCGCAUAAGAGUAGCGGCGUCGAGUCAGGCCGGCAGUGGAGGAAGCUGCAGAAUCUUCUCUCGUACCUCGCCAUGAAGACUCGCUUUAGCACUAUUGACCUCUGCGCGGUACUAGCCGAGCUGAAUGCCAGCUUGCUAGGAAUGAGAGUAAACAAUGUUUACGAUGUGGAUAAUAAGACAUAUCUUAUUCGUCUUCAAAAACCAGACUUUAAAGCUACACUUUUACUUGAAUCUGGCAUACGAAUUCACACGACAGAAUUUGAGUGGCCUAAGAAUAUGAUGCCAUCUAGCUUUGCCAUGAAGUGCCGAAAACAUUUGAAGGGUCGGAGAUUAGUCAGUGCAAAACAACUUGGUGUGGAUAGAAUUGUAGAUUUUCAGUUUGGAAGUGAUGAAGCUGCUUAUCACUUAAUUAUUGAGCUCUAUGAUAGGGGGAACAUUGUUCUUACAGAUUAUGAAUACCUGAUUUUAAAUAUCCUAAGAUUUCGAACUGAUGAGUCAGAUGAUGUUAAAUUUGCUGUUCGUGAACGCUAUCCAGUUGAUCAUGCUAGAGCUGCUGAACCUUUGCUUACCUUGGAGAGAUUGACUGAGAUAAUAGCCAGUGCACCUAAGGGUGAACUACUGAAGAGAGUUCUUAACCCAUUACUUCCCUAUGGACCAGCUCUCAUUGAACACUGUCUUAUAGAAAAUGGAUUCUCUGGCAAUGUCAAAGUGGAUGAAAAAUUUGAAAGUAAAGAUAUUGAAAAAGUACUUGUUUGUCUACAGAAAGCUGAAGAGUGUAUGCAGACAACAUCCAGCUUCAAUGGAAAGGGGUAUAUCAUUCAGAAAAGAGAAGUAAAACCAAGCCUGGAAGUAGAUAAACCAACUGUAGACAUACUCACGUAUGAGGAAUUUCAUCCUUUCUUGUUUUCUCAACAUUCACAAUGUCCAUAUAUAGAAUUUGAAUCAUUUGACAAGGCUGUAGAUGAAUUUUAUUCCAAGAUAGAAGGUCAGAAAAUAGAUUUAAAAGCUUUACAACAGGAAAAGCAAGCAUUGAAGAAAUUAGAUAAUGUCCGAAAGGAUCACGAAAACAGAUUAGAAGCUCUUCAGCAGGCUCAGGAAAUAGACAAACUUAAAGGAGAGCUUAUAGAAAUGAACCUACAGAUUGUUGACAGAGCCAUUCAGGUUGUUCGAAGUGCUUUAGCCAACCAGAUAGAUUGGACAGAAAUUGGAUUAAUUGUAAAGGAAGCUCAAGCUCAAGGAGACCCUGUUGCAAAUGCAAUCAAAGAAUUAAAACUGCAAACAAAUCAUGUUACAAUGCUGCUAAGAAAUCCAUACUUGUUAUCAGAGGAGGAAGAUGACGAUGUUGAUGGUGACAUUAAUACUGAGAAAAAUGAAAGUGAACCACCAAAAGGAAAAAAGAAAAAGCAAAAGAAUAAACAAUUGCAGAAGCCUCAGAAAAAUAGGCCAUUGCUUGUUGAUGUUGAUCUCAGUUUGUCAGCAUAUGCCAAUGCCAAAAAGUAUUAUGAUCACAAGAGAUAUGCUGCUAAGAAAACACAGAAGACUGUUGAAGCUGCUGAGAAGGCAUUCAAAUCAGCAGAAAAGAAAACAAAGCAAACCUUAAAAGAAGUCCAAACAGUUACCUCUAUUCAAAAGGCAAGAAAAGUAUAUUGGUUUGAGAAAUUUCUCUGGUUCAUUAGCUCAGAGAACUAUCUAAUUAUUGGUGGAAGAGAUCAGCAACAGAAUGAAAUAAUUGUGAAAAGAUACUUGACACCAGGAGACAUUUAUGUACAUGCUGACCUUCAUGGAGCGACUAGUUGUGUAAUUAAGAAUCCAACAGGAGAACCGAUUCCCCCUCGGACCUUGACUGAAGCUGGCACAAUGGCACUUUGCUACAGUGCUGCUUGGGAUGCACGAGUUAUCACUAGUGCUUGGUGGGUGUACCAUCAUCAGGUGUCUAAAACAGCACCUACUGGAGAAUAUUUGACAACAGGAAGCUUCAUGAUAAGAGGAAAAAAGAAUUUCCUUCCUCCUUCAUAUCUAAUGAUGGGGUUUAGCUUCCUUUUUAAGGUAGAUGAGUCUUGUGUUUGGAGACAUCGGGGUGAACGAAAAGUCAGAGUGCAGGAUGAAGACAUGGACACCUUGCUGGGUUGCACAAGUGAACUCAUAUCUGAAGAAAUGGAACAACUAGAUGGGGGUGAGAGUAGCAGUGAAGAAGAUAAAGAGGAAUUUCAUGAAACUCCUGUGGAAGUGGAACUUGUGACUCAGGUUGACCAAGAGGAUAUUACUAUUCAGACUGGUGGCCAUGAGCUAAAUGAAUUAAUUCAGGAAGAAAGCUCUGAAGAUGAAGGAGAAUCUGAGGAGGUGGUAAAAGAUCAGGAACCUGUUGGUGAAAUGAAGGAUGAAGGGGAAGAGACAUUAAAUUAUCCUGAUACUACCAUUGACUUGUCCCACCUUCAGUCCCAAAGGUCCCUCCAGAAAUUGGCUUCAAAAGAGGAACCUUCUAAUAUGAGUGACAGUAAAUUGCAGAGCCGGAGACAUCUGUCAGCCAAGGAAAGAAGGGAAAUGAAGAAAAAAAAGCUUCCAAGUGAUUUGGGGGAGUUAGAAAUGAUAGAAGGAAAGGACAAAGAGAAAGAAAAUGCUCUACACAUUGAAGCUCAUCCGAACACAAGCAAAAAUGUUCCAGCUGUGCAGCCAAUGAAACGAGGACAAAAGAGUAAAAUGAAAAAAAUGAAGGAAAAAUACAAAGACCAAGAUGAAGAAGAACGUGAACUCAUCAUGAAAUUGCUGGGUUCUGCAGGUUCAAAUAAAGAAGAAAAGGGGAAGAAGGGGAAGAAAGGUAAAAUGAAGGAUGAACCAGUGAAGAAACAGCCCCAGAAACCUAGAGGUGGACCAAGGGUUUCAGACAGCAUAAAGAAAGAAACUCCAUCCCUUGAAGUUACAACUCAUGAGUUACAAGACUUGGCAGUAGAUGAUUCACAUGAUGACAAGGAAGAGCAAGAUCUGGACCAACAGGGAAAUGAGGAAAAUCUGUUUGACUCUUUGACAGGGCAGCCACAUCCUGAAGAUGUACUACUAUUUGCCAUUCCAAUCUGUGCCCCUUAUACCACCAUGACAAACUACAAAUACAAAGUGAAACUUACUCCUGGAGUUCAGAAAAAGGGAAAAGCUGCAAAAACAGCCUUGAAUAGUUUCAUGCAUUCCAAAGAAGCAACAGCAAGAGAAAAAGACUUAUUCCGAAGUGUAAAGGACACGGAUUUAUCAAGAAACAUUCCUGGCAAAGUUAAAGUAUCCGCACCCAACCUUCUGAAUGUUAAAAGAAAAUAGCUGAAGUUCUAAAAUAUUUGAGAAGAGUCAAUUUUAUAGCCUUUUGGAAGUUCAGAGAUGAAAACAUGAUGUAACAAGACUUCCGCAUUUAAAAAUGAACUAAACAUUGCCUUGCUAUAUUCGCCAAAAGGACUUAUUGUUUUUCCCCCCAGUUUUAUAGAGAGGAAACACUGUCUAUGAUAGGAUUUCCUAAAAUAUUUGUGAACAGCUAAAUGCUAAUUGUAUACAUCUGUAGUUCUACAUUUUCUUGAAAUUUGGGUGGUUAUGUAUUCAUUUCAUGUUGUAAAGAAAUCAAACUGUGAAGUGGCUCAACUGCUUAGACUAUUGACUUGGUAGUCUACUGUAUAUAACAUCUAAUAUAUCUAUUACUCACAGGCCAAUCACAAGGUCCCCCCGCCCCAAACCCCUCCUGGUAGGGGUGGGGUUUGGGGGUGGUUAAACAUUUAGGAUUAAGUCAUGAAAACCCGAAGUACUGGCUUCCUUCUGCCUUUACUUAUAUCAGACCAGAUUUUAAAUACAAAUAAUUCCCAUGAUUCGGCUAAAGAAAUAACACCUAAAAGAAACUGGUGUUGAUCAAUUUAUACUUUUCAUCUUAAUUCCUUCCUUAUAAUCUCAUUCAGCUCUGUACCUUUUUAUUCCACCUCUAGUAACUACUAGCAGCAUGUUACAGAGUAUCUUAACCUUUAAUAUCGUUAAGUGCACUUUUAGACUUACCACUGAAAACCCCUAACCCAGCUUUCCUCUGUCUCCUGAUAGAUGGAGAAUAAAACCAUACAUUAUUGCCCUUCUUUUAUGAACUACAAAACCGUAACUUUUUAAAUAAUUAGACAACACCUGCCUGUAGUCAACACUAGCACUUGCCCCAGUCCUUUCACCAAAGCAUUAAGGUCAAAGUACUAAAAAGCUGUUGACCCUUCCAAGGUUUCUUUCACCAGUUUACUCCUAUUGAGAACAUUUUUCCAUUUGAAACUACUGUUUAAAAAAAACCUUUAUGUAGCCCGGUAUUGUAAAUACAACAUAAUAGACUACUCUUGCCAUUAAAAAAAAAAAAAGUAAAAUAUCAGUGUCUUAAAAAAAUAACUUGAUGGAGUUCCCGUCAUGGCGCAGUGGUUAAUGAAUCCGACUAGGAACCAUGAGGUUGCGGGUUCGAUCCCUGCCCUUGCUCAGUGGGUUAACGAUCCGGUAUUGCCGUGAGCUGUGGUGUAGGUUGCAGAUGCGGCUCGGAUCCUGUGUUGCUGUGGCUCUGGCGUAGGCCAGCGUCUACAGCUCCAAUUAGACCCCUAGUCUGGGAACCUCCAUAUGCUGUGAAAAAUGGCAAAAAGACAAAAAAAAAAUAAAAUAACUUGACCAUUUUGUUUAGUGGUAAAAAAAUUAGUAUGUUUCUACAGAUAUAUAUCCUGAUAUUACCAAAUAGAAACUAUAAUAACCAUUCCUCGGAGUAAAAAAACCCAAAUAUUAAUUUUAUUUUGCUUUAAUAGAAGACAGUUACUGGUGUUAAAUACAUUUAUUGUAAACUUUAGACACAAAAAUAGGUUCUCUAGGCCAUUCACAUGCACGUUAAGACCAAAAAGCUGCAAACUACAACAAUGCAUAUAAUUAUAUAAACAAUGUCACUCGGGAUGUUUACAGAAUUGCUGUCCAUGCAAGUGAUCAGAGACAUUAUCUACGAAGCCUUAAGAUCCAGAAGUGUUGUUACUACCAAACCUCUGAUUAACACUGUGAAGUAAGUGUUUUGGAAGGCAGUUCCAUGAGUUGGCUAACAUCUCUUUAAAGCAAAUGACUGCUUCUAAACUCAGCCUGAAAGUGGACAAAGAAAGAGAAAUAUAAUUUCACUUUACUCUUUAGAAGUACAUUCAUUUGAAGAACUACCAAAAAAUAAGAAAUUUAAAAAAAGCA